AUGUCUGUGACAGUAGUAUGGGUUGCUUCCUUCCCUGGUUUGGAGGUUUCGCGUUCCACCGGGUUACUUGAUUCUAUCCAACAUGUGAAGUUCUUAGAUUCUUCAAAGGUCAUGUCUCAAAAUUUUGGGUCGAUUAGAGCUAAGGAAAAGGGGAAGAGAUGGAGAUUCUACUCUCUGAGUACAGAUGUGAAGUAUGCAUGUGUUGGACGGUCUGGCUUAGAACGUGCUAGCAACUACCCUCUGGUCGUGAAUGUGCUAGCAAAUCCAGCGGCGGGAGAAGUGGCUGUUUCAUCAGAGCAGAAGGUCUACGAUGUGGUGUUGAAGCAGGCAUCUUUGGUUAAGAGGAAGUUCGGCUCUAAGGGUGAAAUUGAUGCAAAACCAGAUAUUGCUCUGCCUGGGAAUUUGAGCUUGUUGAAUGAAGCAUAUGACCGUUGUGGAGAAGUUUGUGAAGAAUAUGCUAAAACAUUUUACCUGGGCACUCUUCUAAUGACUCCUGAAAGACGAAGAGCUAUCUGGGCAAUAUAUGUGUGGUGCAGGAGAACAGAUGAACUUGUUGAUGGUCCUAAUGCCUCACAAAUUACACCAACUGCUUUGGAUAGGUGGGAAUCAAGAUUAGAAGAACUUUUCCAAGGUCGUCCCUUUGAUAUGCUUGAUGCAGCUUUAUCAGAUACAGUUGCCAAAUUUCCUGUUGAUAUCCAGCCAUUUAAAGAUAUGAUAGAAGGAAUGAGAACGGAUCUUAAGAAGUCGAGAUACAAAACCUUUGAUGAACUAUAUCUUUACUGUUACUAUGUUGCUGGGACAGUCGGUAUAAUGAGCGUUCCAAUCAUGGGCAUUUCACCAUAUUCACAAGCUACAACUGAGAGUGUAUACAAUGCUGCCUUGGCCCUGGGAAUUGCAAAUCAGUUAACCAACAUACUCAGAGAUGUUGGAGAGGAUGCCAGCAGAGGAAGAGUGUAUCUACCCCAAGAUGAGUUGGCUCAAGCAGGGCUUUCUGAUGAUGACAUAUUUGCUGGUAAGGUGACAGACAAGUGGAGGAACUUCAUGAAGAGCCAAAUUAAAAGGGCUAGAAUGUUUUUUGAUGAGGCAGAAAAGGGAGUAACAGAGCUUAAUGAAGCUAGCAGAUGGCCGGUAUGGGCGUCCUUGCUAUUGUAUCGCCAGAUUUUGGACGAGAUUGAAGCUAAUGAUUACAACAAUUUCACCAGGAGGGCUUAUGUGGGCAAAGCCAAGAAGUUUCUUUCCUUGCCAGUUGCUUAUGCUAGAUCUAUGGUUCCUCCAUCAAAAAAAUUAUCUCCUGUAAUGAAGACUUGA